ACAACCCCCCGACAUCCUUCUUCCUCCAUUCCGUCCUCUGCUCUCAUUCUUACCUCAGAUACACAUUUAGAAAUGGGGCUGACCCGAAAUUUCUUGGUCAGCACAGCCACGGUGCUGCUGGCCCUGGCUCUGGCGGCGAACGCCUGCUCGCCGUCCGACCGGGCAGCUUUGCUGGAUUUCAAGGCAGCCUUGAACGAGCCGUACUUGGGCAUAUUCAACACAUGGUCAGGCACCGACUGCUGCACCAACUGGUACGGCGUCAGCUGCGACCCGGAAACCAAACGGGUCGCUGAUAUUGUCCUCCGUGGGGAGUCCGAGGACCCAAUCUUUGAAAAGGCCGGCCGCUCCGGCUACAUGACCGGUUCUAUCUCCCCCUCCAUCUGCCAGCUCGACCGCCUCACCACCCUCGUCGUCGCCGACUGGAAGGAUAUCUCCGGAGAAAUCCCGGCGUGCAUCACCUCUCUUCCCAACCUGAGAAUCCUCGACCUCAUCGGGAAUAAAAUCUCCGGCCAAAUCCCGGCUGAUAUAGGCAAACUGAGUCGACUCACCGUGUUGAACCUCGCCGACAACCAAAUCUCCGGUUCUUUACCUUCUUCCAUCGUCAACCUCAACAGCCUAAUGCAUUUAGAGCUUAGCAACAAUAAACUCUCCGGAGAAAUCCCAUCAGACAUCGGCAAACUAUCAAUGAUGAGCCGGGCUCUACUGAGCCGGAACCAGCUCACCGGACCAAUCCCGAGUUCCCUAGCCAGCAUCUACAGGCUGGCCGAUUUGGAUCUAUCAAUGAACCAGAUCACCGGCUCCAUCCCAGAUCAGUUCGGAUCAAUGCCGGUUCUCUCCACCCUAAACUUAGACAGCAACCAGCUCUCCGGCGAGAUACCAACCAGUCUACUCGCCAACUCCGGCUUAAACAUUUUGAACUUGAGCAGAAACGCAUUAGAGGGCAACCUCCCCGACGUGUUCGGACCAAAAACAUACUUCACGACGAUCGAUUUAUCGUACAACAAUUUGAGGGGUUCCAUUCCGAAAUCAUUAUCUUCAGCUAAGUACGUGGGACACUUGGAUCUGAGCCACAACCACCUCUGCGGCCCGAUUCCAGACGGGUCGCCGUUCGACCAUCUUGAGGCCUCAUCCUUCGCCAACAACGACUGCCUGUGCGGAAUGCCGUUGCGUACGUGUUAAACAACUUUAAUUCUUACAUGGGUUGUAAUUCAACGGUAUAUUGGUGUUGAUUUUGUGUAUUAAUGUUGUUGUAAUGGUUAACUUGAAAUUGUAGUAAUUCUGAAUGUUGUCCGUUAAGAAAAGGUGAUGGGGUUGCACGUGAAAACGUGUGCGACAGCUUUAUGGUAUAAUGAAGUGGGCAAAGAUUUGAUGCUCUAUCUCUCUAUUAUUCGGAAAUAGAUUAUUACCGUUUGUUUGUUUACAUGUAUGAUUAGUUGAUUAGUGCAAUGGUUUACUUUUAGUACGUGGUCUAUGUCAAUUUGUAUUGUGGAUGAUUGAAUUCU